GCCUCAUUACACUUUAAAAACGACGUAUUUACGUAAACAGUAGCGCAAAUCAACAUUCCGUAGUUCAAAUGUGUUUUCAUAUUUCAGGAAAUAGUUCAAAUUCCUUUGCGCAAGACAACAUACCGUGCCCUUGAAGCCCCCAUCUAGGUCAAAAAGGUUAUCUCAAUCAACUUUAAAAUAAAUACUCUUCAAACUAUCAGUAUUACUCCGAAAAACUCGCAGCUGCAAACAUGUCAAGAUUCGCCAAAGUUGAGCAAGGCCCCCCAAUCGAGGUCUUCGCCCUAAACCAACAAUUUGCCGCAGACACCUUCCCAAACAAAGUCAGCCUAGGGGUUGGGGCUUAUCGUACUAAUGAGGGCCAACCUUGGGUUUUACCAGUGGUUCGAGCGGCGGAAAAGAGCCUAGCAGCUGAUGAAAAGCUUAAUAAAGAGUAUUUGCCCGUUUUGGGGUUGGAGGCCUUUAGUAAUGCCGCCACUACGAUGCUGCUGGGGUCGGAUAGCCCAGCCAUUCAGGAAAAUAGGGCAUUCGGAGUUCAGUGCCUCUCAGGAACCGGUUGCCUUCGAGUAGGCGCAGAAUUUCUCGCCAGAACCCUAGGCUACCAAACCUUCUACUUCUCAAUACCGACAUGGGAAAACCACAGAUCUGUGUUCAACAACGCCGGUUUUAAAGAAGCCAAAGAAUACAGAUACUGGUCACCAAGUGCCCGAGGUCUCGACCUUGACGGCUUCCUCGAAGACCUGAACAACGCACCUGAAAACUCUGUAAUCAUUUUACACGCAUGCGCCCACAAUCCCACCGGAUGCGACCCCACUCAGGAACAAUGGACCAAAAUCGCCGACGUCAUGGAACAAAAAAAACUGUUUCCAUUUUUCGAUUCGGCCUACCAAGGUUUUGCCUCUGGAGACUUGGAGAAGGACGCCUGGGCCGUUCGUUAUUUUGUGUCUAGAGGGUUUGAGCUGCUCUGUGCGCAGUCGUUUGCCAAGAACUUUGGGUUGUACAACGAACGUGUGGGUAACUUGACUUUUGUUACUAAAAACACGGAGGUGAUUCCUAAAGUGAAGUCACAGGUGACUUUGUUGAUCAGAGCGAUGUACUCAAAUCCGCCUAGCCAUGGUGCUAGGAUAGUGACACACGUUUUGAAUGAUCCCGCGCUUUAUGCACAAUGGAAAGAGUGUAUAAAGGCUAUGUCUUCUAGAAUAAUUGAAAUGAGGAAGGCUUUGAGGGCUGAGUUGGAGAGGUUGAGCACUCCUGGAGACUGGAGCCACAUUACGUCACAGAUUGGAAUGUUUUCCUAUACCGGACUUAACGAAAAACAAUCUUUGCAUAUGAUUGAAAAACACCACAUUUAUAUGCUUCGCUCAGGCCGCAUCAGUAUGUGUGGAGUCACCCCAACAAAUGUGGAAUACGUGGCAAAGGCUAUAUACGAAACUGUAACAAAUUGUGGCGACCAUGGUGUGACUUUGGGGCACAAACUGUGAUACAAGCCAAGAGAAGAUUUGCUCUUUAUUAGAAAAAAAAAAACAAAACAAUAAAGGUGUGGUUUUA